AUGGUCUACUUUACAUUUAUUUGGCAUAAACUGUCUUUAGAUCCUGAUGCGCCAAGGGCUUAUCAUGUCUUAGAAGAACACAUUGGAGCCAAAGAAGAUCAUGGAGAUGUCAUCGAUGCUAGCUUGGAGGAGCAUGGACAUGGAAGCACAAGUGACCGGCCAUUGCUUGGAGAAGUCGCGCAACACCGGCCACAUGACCGGCCAUCGCAUACGACAUCGCAUGGGGCAUCCGGCCACAACCGACCAUCGCUUGGCGCACCAACCGGCCACAACCGGACAUCGAUUGGGCCAUCCGGACAAGACCGGCCAUUUGAUCCUUUAGCCAUUCCGCAAGGUCCAAUGACUAGGGCUCGGGCUAAAAGGUUCAAGGAAGCUUUAUUGGGCUUUGUUACAAACCCUAUUGGAUUCAAGUGGUACAAAAUAGGAGACAAGUGGUCACGAGAAGAAAGGAGUGCUCUAGGAGUUGCUCUUGUUAGGCCUAUUGAAGCUAGUAUUAUGGAAGGAGAACAAGAGCAACCAAACGUGGCUGCUAUGUUGCAAACUUUAAUUCAACGAUUGGACAAUAUGGAUACUAAAUUCGAUAUCUUGACCAAUGAAGUCCAACAAGUACAAAUUGCUACUCUUGAAUUCACGGAGAAUGCGUUAAAUUGGUGGAAUCAAUUGGUGCAAACAAGGAGAAGAAACUUGGAAAGGCCGAUCAACACUUGGUUGGGUCUAAAGAGUUACAUGAGGAAGAGAUUUGUUCCAAGCUUUUACACUAAUGGUCUCUACCAAGAGUUGCAAUCCUUAAGGCAUGGAACUAGGAGUGUUGAUGAAUACUACUCCGAGAUGAUGUUGUUAAUGUCUAGGGCCGAGGUUGAUGAAGCUCCACAAGCUACUAUAGCUAGGUUUAUGGUGGGAUUGAAUAGAGAAAUUCAUGAUAUUGUGGAGAUGCAACAACACUAUGAUGUUGAGGAAUUGCUUCAACAUGCUUUGAAGGCCGAGAGUCAAGUAAAGAGGAAUAAGAAGAGCUUUUCAUCAUCAUCAAGCUCAUGGAAAACUCCAAUCAAGAAGGAUGAUAAGUCAUCAAAAGAAAAGGAGUUAGUGGCGCAAAAAUGUACUACCCCUAAAUCCAAUUCUAAAUCUUCAUCGAGUUCAUCUUCUAAGAACUAUGUAAAGUGUUUCAAGUGUCAAGGAUUUGGACACUUUGCAAGGGAUUGCGUUAACAAGAAAGUCAUGCUUACUAAUGACAAUGGUGAAAUCGUAAUUGAAGAUGAGUAUAUUGCACUUGGAUCAAGUGGAGAUGGAGAUGAUGAAGUAGAGGUACAAACCGAAGAUGAUGAUAGUGAUGGCUCAACACCGGCGCUCUUGAACUUAGUUGCAAGGAGAACUUUGAGUGCCUAUGUUAAAGGAGAUGUGCAAAAUCAAAGGGAGAAUUUGUUUCAUACUAGGAUGUAUGCGAAUGGAAAGCCUAGUAGUGUGAUCAUUGAUGGAGGAAGUUGCACAAAUAUAGCUAGUGUGUAUUUGGUGAAGGAGCUUGCGUUAUCCACCACUAAACACCCUAAACCAUAUAGUUUAGGAUUGUUCAAUGAUAGAGAGGAGAUUAAGGUUAACAAACAAGUUUUAGUUUCUCUUUCUUUGGGCAGGUACAAUGGUGAGGUGCUAUGUGAUGUACUACCAAUGCAAGCAUGUCAUGUUCUACUUUGUCGUCCAUGGCAAUAUGACAACAAGGUCCAUCAUGAUGGUGAAACAAAUAAGUAUUCCUUUAUGAGUGGUAAGCGUCCUAUUACCUUGAUUCCUUUAUCACCUCAAGAAGCUUUAAAAGAUCAAUUGAAAUUGAAAGAGGAAUUUGCUAAGAUGGAAUCUGACUUUAGGACUAAAGAAAAGAAUAAACAUGCUAAAUUAGAUGUGAAUUGCGAUUUAGUUGAAAAGCAUGCUAGUUCUAAGAAAAUUGUUAAAGAGUGUAUGUUAGCUACUAAGAGUGAGAUUAAAGAAGCUUUGAAUGAUAAUUCUGUUUUGAUCUUACUUUUGCUUAAGAAUACACUUGUUGCUACUAACGACUUGGAAAGAGAGCUUCCAAGCAAUAUUGUUUCUCUUUUGAGUGAUUAUGUAGAUGUGUUUCCGGAGGAAAUUCCUAGUGGUUUGCCGCCAAUUAGGGGAAUUGAACAUCAAAUUGACUUCGUCCCUGGAGCGCAAAUACCUAAUAAGCCAGCUUAUAGAACAAACCCUGAAGAAACAAAGGAAUUGGAGAAGCAAGUUGGAGAGCUACUACAAAAAGGGUUUGUGCGUGAAAGCCUUUCUCCAUGUGCCGUUCCUGUGUUGCUUGUUCCUAAGAAAGAUGGGACUUGGAGAAUGUGUGUGGAUUGUAGGGCAAUAAACAACAUCACGGUAAAGUAUCGUCACCCUAUUCCUAGAUUAGAUGAUAUGCUUGAUGAAUUGCAUGGUGCUUGCUUAUUUUCUAAGAUUGAUCUUAAGAGUGGCUAUCAUCAAAUUCGCAUGAAAGAGGGUGAUGAAUGGAAAACUGCCUUUAAAACUAAAUUAGGGUUGUAUGAAUGGUUAGUUAUGCCUUUUGGAUUGACUAAUGCACCUAGUACAUUCAUGCGAUUAAUGAAUCAUGUUUUAAGAACUUUUAUUGGCAAGUUUGUUGUUGUUUAUUUUGAUGAUAUUCUUGUGUAUAGCCGAAACCUAGAUGAGCAUGUUAGGCAUCUAAGAUGUGUGUUAGAUGUACUUAGGGUUGAGAAAUUGUAUGCUAACCUUAAGAAGUGCACCUUUUGCACAAACAAGCUUGUUUUCCUUGGUUUUGUGGUUUCAUCGCAAGGUAUAGAGGUUGAUGAGGAAAAGAUCAAAGCAAUCAAAGAUUGGCCAACACCCACCAACGUUGGACAAGUGAGAUAUUUUCAUGGAUUAGCCGGAUUCUAUAGGAGGUUUGUUAAGGACUUUAGCACCUUAGCUGCCCCUAUUACAAGUGUUAUGAAGAACAAUGCACCAUUCAAUUGGGGAGAUGAACAACAAGAAGCAUUUGAGACGUUGAAGGAUAAACUAACUAAUGCUCCUUUGCUUGUUUUACCUAACUUUAACAAUACUUUUGAGAUUGAAUGUGAUGCAUCAGGGGUUGGAAUUGGAGCUGUUUUAAUGCAAGGUGGGAAGCUCGUCGCCUAUUUUAGUGAGAAAUUGAAUGGGGCUGCAUUAAAUUAUCCAACCUAUGAUAAAGAGUUGUAUGCUCUUGUGAGGGCGUUGCAAGGGUGCAAGGAAGUCAUCUUUGAACCCGGGGAUUGGGUUUGGUUGCAUCUAAGGAAGGAGAGGUUCCCUGAAAAGAGAAAGUCUAAGCUCUUACCUCGUGGAGAUGGUCCAUUCCAAGUCUUGGAGAGGAUCAACAACAACGCAUACAAGCUAGAUCUUCCUAGUGAAUAUGGCAAUGUAAAAGAACACAUUGGAGCCAAAGAAGAUCAUGGAGAUGUAAUCGAUGCUAGCUUGGAGGAGCAUGGACAUGGAAGCACAAGUGACCGGCCAUUGCUUGGAGAAGCCGCGCAACACCGGCCACAUGACCGGCCAUCGCAUGCGACAUCGCAUGGGGCAUCCGGCCACAACUGGCCAUCGCUUGGCGCACCAACCGGCGACAAUCGGACAUCGAUUGGGCCAUCCGGACAGGACCGGCCAUUUGAUCCUUUAGCCAUUCCGCAAGAUCCAAUGACUAGGGCUCGGGCUAAAAGGUUCAAGGAGGCUUUAUUGGGCUUUGUAAGAUCUCAUCUUGGAGGUUUAGAGUCCAUUGAAGAACAUUUGGAAGGCAUUGAAGUCGACAUCACCAAGAAUAUUCCCAUCGAUUCCAAGUUGUUCACCUUACUUGAAAUCGAUGAGCAUUAG